UGUUGAUAAACUAAUAUGUUAGAAUGCUGAGCUGAGAGGAUGAAAACACUAUUCAGAUGGCAUGUUGCUAUAUUCUGAAUGCCACAAAAGUCAACCGUUCUAAGGCUGAUAGAUUAUAUUGCAGAUAAAGUAAGCGAUGAAACAACAACUAGUCAACCCAAGGUUGCAAGUGUUUUCGUUGAAACAACCUUCUUAAGCAAACAAACACCCUGCAAAACACAGGGGAUGCAUAUUGCAGGAUGAUGAACAAGUGUAGCUGUCAGCUACCAUAUCAUUAGCAGUCUCAAAUAUAAUUUAGUCCUACUAGUUUUGUAGGGUGAUUGGAGCUCCUUGAUUCAGCUAAGUCAAUCAAUGGACAGAUAGAAAGAGAAGAUGAACUGUUGAUUGAGCUAAUCAGAUAAAAAGCAAGAGAGAAGGACAGCAUUCUGCCCUUCUCUCUCCUUCCUCUUCUUUUCUCUUUUCUUUCUCGUUUCCACCUCACAUUUUUACUGACUCAUCUCCACCCCUUCCAUCACUUGUGAGGGAAGGAAACGCAUGACUUCCUUUCCUUGUUCUGCUAACCUUUUAGUCUCAUGAUAACCAUUCUCUACCUGUGAUUGUUUGGGUGGCCAACUCCUCCCAACAAAACCUGAGCUAAGUGGUGCAGACAAAGCACCAAAACAGGCCCUUUUCAGUUAGUGUUGCACAGUCCUCCUCCCCUUCUGUCCUUUUCUAUUGCUCCUUCUCACUCUUUUCCUGUAACUUAAGCUCCUAUGUGUGUAGCAGUACUAUAUAUAGAGAUGUGUUGUCCACCUUAUUCUCUAUAUCGGCAACCAUUUCCUCCCCUUGCGCUCUCUCUCUCUCUCUCUCUCUCUCUCUCGUUAUCUCCUCUUCCUCUGUUUUCCAGUCCUGAGAAUUUAAUGAAGCUGGAGGAUUCAGAGGAAACCAUGGGUUCCAACACCAGUGGCAGCAUCUGCAACAGCGGGUUCAUCCCCGCCGUAGUCAUCGUGAAGGGCAAGCGCACGAAGAGACGGAGGAUACAUGUGCCGCCAGUCGCAUCAGCCGUGGCGGUCGACUCAUCGUCGGAUGACUCGUCUGUGGAGGUCUCAGGCUGCGUCACCGAGGAGGAUGAGGACAUGGCCAAUUGCCUUAUCCUUCUAGCUCGGGGACGUGCCUCCGAUGCCGGACUUAAGGCAGAAGGCCUGGGGGGUGAAGACGGUGGCGCCGGCCGCAAUCUUUACGAGUGCAGGACAUGCAGCAAAAGCUUCCCGUCGUUCCAGGCGCUCGGAGGGCACCGCGCCAGCCAUAAAAAGCCCAAGUUGGCCAUGGCGACCGCGACCAUGGCGGAGAACAAGAAAGCCAUGGGUGACGAGGAUUCGCUUCAAAUAAGCAUGAAUUCUAUCCCCAGCAUCAAGCCAAAGAUCCAUGAGUGCUCGAUAUGCGGAUUGGAGUUCAACUCCGGUCAGGCACUCGGCGGCCACAUGAGGCGGCACAGACCUCUGACUACUUCGACCAUCCAAGGAGCAGCCAAUAAGGAGAGGGCCUUCCUGUCAUUAGAUCUCAACCUUCCGGCACCAGCCGACGACGAGCAAGACGAGCUUCGAAGGCCAACGUCACCAGCUUUCACCUUCGUCCUCGCGGCACCGUCGGCUUUGGUGGACUGCCAUUACUGAAAAGCAACUAGUGGAAGAAACGCUGCCCAUUCUUUUCGUCACUCCUACUCUUCCUUCUUCCAUGCAUUGAAAUGAUGUGAACUACUCGUAUGUUCAUGAUUUAAAAGGUGUCCAUAAUUCAUUGAAUUCUUCGAUGUCUAUGAAUCUUUAAUGUGUGAAUUCUUGAAGAGGAUUGCAUGUU